GGCGCAGAAAGCGGAGGAGGCGCACGCUUUCCUCUUGGCGCGUCGGAUGCUGCCCUCGGGGCUGCUUAAUGCGCUUUGGCCGCCGAGCCCACCCUCCUCCUCCUCCUCCUCCUCUUCGUCCUCCCGGAGCGGCAGCAGGUGUCGGCGUUGGGCAGGGAGGGGUUAAGCCCCGGCCGCGUCGGAGCGGGAGGCAGCCAGGCAGCCAGGCGGCGGCGGCAGCAUCGAGAGCAGCAACAGCAGCAGCAUCGGGAGCGAAGGCGGCGGCGGCGGGUUGCUAGGGAUGGCGAGCGCUCGUCUCACCCGGAUGUGAGAGUGUCAUGUUGGCCCAAACCGGGGGAGACUGGCAAGCAGCGGCGAAGGAGGCGAAGAAGAAGCCGAGGCGGAGGCGGAGGAGGGCGGCGAGCCCGCGGUGGGGGCGGCCGCAGUGACCCUUCCUUCCUUCCUUCCUUCUUUCCUUCCUUCCUUGCAUCCAUCCUAGCUCCCUUCUUCCCUUCCUUCCUUCCUUCCUUCCCUUGCCUCUCGCCACCAGCCGGGCGGCGCCCCCCGCGCCAUGGGCACCGCCGGAUAGCAGGGCGGCCAGGAGGGGCGAGGGCCACACGCAGGAGGGCAGCGGGCACCCGAGGCCCCGCGCCGAGUGACCAUGAUGCCCCAAACGCAGCCGCCGCCGCUCGCCCCGGAUGAAGCAAGCUAUGCAAAUAGCACCAGAGUCCCUCUCCCUGGUGACGGACCGGCCUUGCAGCCAAACAGCUCAGAACCGCCCAAGCAAACUGUGCUAUCUUGGCAGGCUGCAAUCGAUGCUGCGAGACAAGCUAAGGCUGCCCAAAGCAUGAGCACCGCCACCCCAGGCCAACCGGCAGGAUCGCUGUCCCAAAGAAAGCGCCAGCAAUAUGCCAAGAGCAAAAAACAGGGUAACACAUCCAACAGUCGACCAGCUCGUGCCCUUUUUUGUUUAUCCCUCAACAACCCCAUCCGAAGAGCCUGCAUUAGUAUAGUAGAAUGGAAACCAUUUGACAUAUUUAUAUUACUGGCUAUUUUUGCCAAUUGUGUGGCCUUAGCUGUUUACAUCCCAUUCCCAGAAGAUGAUUCUAAUUCAACAAAUCAUAACUUGGAAAAAGUAGAAUAUGCCUUCCUCAUAAUUUUUACAAUCGAAACGUUUUUGAAGAUUAUAGCAUAUGGAUUAUUACUACAUCCCAAUGCGUAUGUUAGAAAUGGAUGGAAUUUAUUGGAUUUUGUAAUAGUAAUUGUAGGAUUGUUUAGUGUAAUUUUGGAACAAUUAACCAAAGAAGCAGAAGGGGGAAGCCAUUCGGGUGGUAAACCGGGUGGUUUUGAUGUAAAAGCCCUAAGAGCCUUUCGUGUGUUGCGACCUCUCCGGCUUGUAUCAGGAGUACCCAGUUUACAGGUUGUCCUGAACUCCAUUAUAAAAGCCAUGGUUCCCUUGCUCCAUAUUGCCCUUUUGGUAUUAUUUGUGAUCAUAAUCUAUGCUAUUAUAGGAUUGGAACUUUUUAUUGGAAAAAUGCACAAAGCAUGUUUUUUUGAUGCUACAGAAAUAUUAGCUGAAGAAGAUCCUGCACCGUGUGCAUUCUCAGGGAGUGGACGUCAGUGUCCAAUUAAUGGCACUGAAUGUAAGGGCGGUUGGCCUGGACCCAAUGGUGGCAUAACCAACUUUGAUAACUUUGGCUAUGCAAUGUUAACUGUAUUCCAGUGUAUAACCAUGGAAGGAUGGACUGAUGUGCUAUACUGGGUAAAUGAUGCAAUAGGAUGUGAAUGGCCAUGGAUCUAUUUUGUUAGUCUUAUCAUUCUUGGCUCAUUUUUCGUACUUAACCUGGUUCUUGGUGUACUUAGUGGGGAAUUUUCCAAAGAAAGAGAAAAAGCCAAGGCCAGAGGAGAUUUUCAGAAGCUGCGUGAAAAGCAGCAGCUUGAAGAAGAUCUCAAAGGCUAUUUGGAUUGGAUUACACAAGCAGAAGAUAUUGACCCUGAGAAUGAAGAAGAAGGGGAUGGCGAAGGCAAACGGAAUACAAGCAUGCAAGUAAGCGAAACUGAAUCUGUGAAUACUGAAAAUGUGGCUGGAGAAGGAGAGAGUCCAGCAUGUUGUGGAACUCUGUGUCAAGUUAUCUCAAAAACCAAGUUCAGUCGACGCUGGCGACGAUGGAACAGAUUCAAUCGAAGAAGAUGCCGGGCUGCUGUAAAAUCCGUUUCGUUUUAUUGGUUAGUUAUUGUACUCGUCUUCCUGAACACCUUAACUAUCUCAUCAGAGCAUUACAAUCAGCCUGAUUGGUUGACACAAAUACAAGAUAUUGCAAAUAAAGUUCUCCUGGCUUUGUUCACCUGUGAAAUGUUAAUAAAAAUGUAUAGUCUGGGCCUGCAGUCUUACUUUGUGUCCCUUUUUAAUCGCUUUGACUGCUUCGUGGUCUGUGGCGGCAUUGUUGAAACCAUCUUGGUGGAGUUGGAAAUCAUGUCUCCCCUGGGCAUUUCAGUGUUCCGCUGUGUUCGUCUUCUCCGUAUUUUUAAAGUAACCAGGCACUGGACAUCCCUGAGCAACUUGGUAGCAUCCUUGUUAAACUCAAUGAAGUCCAUUGCUUCACUGUUGCUUCUGCUUUUCCUCUUCAUCAUAAUCUUCUCAUUGCUUGGAAUGCAGCUGUUUGGAGGCAAAUUUAAUUUUGAUGAAACUCAAACAAAACGGAGCACCUUCGAUAAUUUCCCACAAGCUCUUUUAACUGUAUUCCAGAUUCUAACAGGUGAAGACUGGAAUGCUGUUAUGUAUGAUGGCAUUAUGGCGUAUGGUGGUCCUUCAUCAUCUGGAAUGGUAGUCUGUGUAUACUUCAUUAUCCUCUUCAUCUGUGGUAACUAUAUCUUGCUGAAUGUCUUCUUGGCCAUUGCAGUUGAUAACCUAGCAGAUGCAGAAAGUCUAAACACUGCUCAGAAGGAGGAAGCAGAAGAAAAAGAGAGAAAGAAGACUGCCAGAAAAGAAAGCUUGGAUAUUAAAAAGGGGGACAAAGCAGAUGGUGAUCUAAAGAAGGCCAAGGAUUCUAAGGUUACAAUUAAUGAAUAUGGAGAAGGAGAAGAUGAAGACAAAGAUCCUUAUCCACCAUGUGAUGUUCCAGUAGGGGAAGAGGAAGAGGAAGAGGAAGAAGAGCCUGAAGUUCCAGCUGGCCCUCGGCCCCGAAGAAUAUCUGAGCUUAAUAUGAAAGAGAAAAUGACACCAAUCCCUGAAGGAAGCUCCUUCUUUAUUUUCAGCACCACAAAUCCGAUCCGUGUGGGAUGUCACAGGCUCAUCAACCAUCACAUUUUUACCAACCUCAUUCUUGUCUUCAUCAUGCUUAGCAGUGCUUCCCUUGCAGCUGAGGACCCCAUUCGCAGUCAUUCUUUUCGAAACAACAUCCUAGGGUAUGCAGAUUAUGUCUUCACUAGUAUGUUUACAUUUGAGAUCAUGUUGAAGCUGACCGUUUUUGGAGCAUUUCUUCAUAAAGGAUCUUUCUGCCGGAAUUAUUUUAACUUGCUGGACUUGUUGGUAGUGGGUGUUUCUCUUGUGUCAUUUGGCAUUCAAUCAAGUGCUAUUUCAGUUGUGAAGAUUCUGAGAGUUUUAAGGGUCUUAAGGCCUUUAAGGGCAAUCAACAGAGCAAAAGGACUUAAGCAUGUUGUUCAGUGUGUCUUUGUUGCAAUUCGAACUAUUGGUAAUAUCAUGAUAGUUACAACUCUGCUCCAGUUCAUGUUUGCGUGUAUUGGUGUCCAGCUCUUUAAGGGAAAGUUUUAUCGGUGUACAGAUGAAGCAAAGCAAAACCCCAUAGAAUGCCAGGGAAUAUUUAUUGUUUAUAAAGAUGGAGAUGUGGAGAGUCCAAUGGUGAGAGAGAGAUCAUGGCAAAACAGUGAUUUCAAUUUCGAUAAUGUGCUAACAGCUAUGAUGGCCCUCUUUACUGUUUCUACUUUUGAAGGCUGGCCUGCGCUUCUCUAUAAAGCUAUAGACUCAAAUGGAGAGAAUAUCGGCCCCAUCUACAAUUACCGAGUGGAGAUUUCUAUUUUCUUCAUCAUUUACAUCAUCAUUAUCGCUUUCUUCAUGAUGAACAUAUUUGUUGGUUUUGUAAUUGUUACAUUCCAAGAACAGGGAGAACAGGAGUACAAGAACUGUGAACUGGACAAGAAUCAGCGUCAAUGUGUGGAAUAUGCUUUGAAAGCACGGCCUUUGCGUAGAUACAUUCCAAAAAAUCCUUACCAGUACAAGUUCUGGUAUAUGGUCAAUUCUACUGUCUUUGAAUAUAUCAUGUUUGUCCUCAUCAUGCUGAACACACUUUGCUUGGCAAUGCAGCACUAUGGACAGUCAAAGAUUUUUAAUGAUGCAAUGGAUAUUCUGAAUAUGGUUUUUACCGCAGUGUUUACUGUUGAAAUGAUUUUGAAACUUAUUGCAUUUAAGCCGAAGAUUUGUGUGCCAAAAAAGAAAAGAUAUCUAGGUUAUUUUAGUGAUGCCUGGAACACGUUUGACUCCCUCGUCGUUCUUGGCAGCAUAGUAGACAUCGUUCUCAGUGAGGCUGAUCACUAUUUCACUGAUGCAUGGAACACUUUUGAUGCCUUAAUUGUUGUUGGUAGCGUCGUUGAUAUUGCUAUAACAGAAGUUAAUCCAAAGCCAACUGAAACUGUCACAACUGAUGAGUCUGGGAACAGCGAAGACAGUGCGAGGAUUUCCAUCACCUUUUUCCGUCUUUUCCGAGUGAUGCGAUUGGUGAAGCUGCUCAGCAGGGGUGAAGGGAUCAGAACUUUGCUCUGGACGUUUAUUAAAUCAUUUCAAGCUCUGCCAUAUGUUGCUCUUUUGAUAGCAAUGUUAUUUUUCAUCUAUGCAGUUAUUGGAAUGCAGGUAUUUGGCAAAGUAGCUCUGAAGGAUGGUAGUCAAAUUAACAGGAACAACAACUUUCAGACUUUCCCACAAGCGGUGCUUCUUCUCUUCCGGUGUGCAACGGGAGAGGCUUGGCAAGAGAUCAUGUUGGCUUGUAUGCCUGGGAAACGAUGUGACCCAGAGUCUGAUUUUGGCCCAGGAGAAGAAUACACGUGCGGAAGCAACUUUGCUAUUAUUUAUUUUAUCAGUUUCUAUAUGUUGUGUGCUUUUUUGAUCAUCAACCUCUUUGUGGCUGUCAUCAUGGACAACUUUGAUUAUUUGACACGUGAUUGGUCUAUUCUUGGUCCACAUCAUUUAGAUGAAUUUAAAAGAAUAUGGUCAGAAUAUGAUCCUGAAGCCAAGGGAAGAAUAAAGCACCUUGAUGUUGUUACUUUGUUACGACGCAUUCAGCCUCCUCUUGGUUUCGGUAAAUUGUGCCCUCACAGAGUUGCCUGCAAGCGGUUGGUAGCCAUGAACAUGCCCCUAAACAGUGAUGGAACAGUUAUGUUUAAUGCUACUUUAUUUGCUUUAGUAAGAACAGCCCUGAAGAUCAAAACAGAAGGAAAUCUUGAACAAGCUAAUGAAGAACUCCGGGCAGUUAUAAAGAAAAUCUGGAAGAAAACUAGCAUGAAGCUCCUGGAUCAAGUUGUUCCCCCUGCUGGUGAUGAUGAGGUAACCGUGGGGAAGUUCUAUGCCACCUUCCUGAUACAGGACUACUUUAGGAAAUUCAAGAAACGGAAAGAACAAGGACUGGUGGGGAAAUAUCCUGCAAAGAACACCACAAUUGCACUACAGGCUGGACUAAGGACACUUCAUGACAUUGGACCUGAAAUUCGGCGAGCGAUAUCAUGUGAUUUGCAAGAAGAUGAACCAGAGCAAAAUCACCAUGAGGAAGAGGAAGUAUAUAAAAGAAAUGGUACACUCUUUGGAAACCAUGUAAACCAUGUUAGCAGCGAGACAAGAGAUUCAUUUCAGCAGAUCAAUACUACCCAUCGUCCCCUGCAUGUCCAAAGGCCUUCUAUUCCAUCCUCGGGUGACACUACAGAGAAAAAUGUGCAUCCUCCAACAGCAAACUCUUUAUACCAUAACCAUCAUAGCCAUCACAACCGUCAUAGCCAUCAUAAUCACAACUCAGUAGGGAAGCAAGUUCCAAACUCAACAAAUGUUAACCUCAAUAAUGCCAACAUGUCAAAAGUGGCUAAUGGAAAACACACAAGGUCUGGAAGUCGUGAGCAUAUAUCUGAAACUGGGCGACGUUCACACUCCAGAAGUGAUCGUCAUGAAAAGCGUAGAAGAUCAGCCAAUAGGAGAUCUCGCUAUUAUGAAGCUUAUAUUAGGUCAGAAUCAGGUGAUCGGCAUCUACCCACGAUAUGUCGAGAAGAUCAUGAAGUUCGAGAUUAUUAUAAUGAUGAUUGUUAUUUGGACGAUCAGGAGUAUUAUAGUGGUGAAGAGUAUUAUGAAGAAGAUAGUAUGUUGUCAGGAAGCAGGCACAGACGUGACUAUCACAGCAAAUAUCACUGUAAUGACUUAGAUUAUGAACGACCAAAAGGUUAUCAUCACCCCCAUGGUUUUUAUGAGGAAGAUGAGUCACAAAUGUGUUAUGAUUCAAAAAGAUCUCCAAGGAGACGGCUGCUACCUCCAACUCCUACACCAAAUCGCCGUUCUUCCUUUAAUUUUGAAUGCCUCCGCAGACAGAGCAGUCAAGAUGAAAUACCACUGUCCCCUACAUUUCCUCACCGCACUGCUUUACCCCUGCACUUAAUGCAACAGCAGGUCAUGGCUGUUGCAGGUCUGGAUGCCACGAAAGCUCAUCGACAUUCUCCUAGUCGUUCAACACGUUCGUGGGCCACUCCACCAGCCACCCCACCCAACCGUGACCGUACUCCUUAUUAUACUCCUCUUAUCCAAGUAGACCAGCCUGACUCUACAGAAUAUAUGAAUGGCAGCCUACCUUCUUUGCACAGAAGCUCCUGGUACACGGACGAUCCUGAUAUUGCCUAUCGGACAUUUACACCAGCUAAUUUGACUGUACCGAGUGACUUUAGGCAUAAGCAUAGUGACAAACAGAGAAGUGCGGACAGUUUAGUAGAAGCGGUACUUAUAUCUGAAGGACUAGGACGGUACGCAAAGGACCCAAAGUUUGUUUCUGCCACAAAACAUGAAAUUGCAGAUGCUUGUGACAUGACUAUUGAUGAGAUGGAAAGUGCUGCAAGUAACCUUCUCAAUGGGAACAUUAGCAAUGGCGCCAAUGGUGACAUGUUCCCUAUUUUAAAUAGACAAGAUUAUGAACUUCAAGACUUUGGUCCUGGCUAUAGUGAUGAAGAGCCAGAGACUAAUAAAUAUGAAGAAGAUUUAGCCGAUGAAAUGAUAUGCAUUACAACCUUAUAGUAUUUAGUAAGAAAAAAUAUCUUUGAUUUUGAAUAAACAAAAGUGCCUCAUAUUUCCAAGAUGCUAGGCACUAGUUGGAAGUAAGCUUUGCACGGGUGAUGAUGUCACAAUGCAAGGAAGCCAUACUUUUAUUUUUUAAUAAGAGUCUCCAGUAGGAUGAAUGAGGAUCCGAGUGGCAGGAGAAGGCCAUUGCUAUAGAAGAACAAGGCCUUUGGCUACCGAAUCUUGCGCUCGUCGGUGAAGAAAGAUUGAUCUUUAGAUCCAUGGAGAUUCUAACCAGCCUGUUUUCAAAUGAUGAAGGAAAAUUUGAAAGAUAGCUGCCUUUCCAUUUUGUGCUGCUGCCCUGUAGAGUGAAAAAGUUUCUCAGUGGAAGGUUUGGUACUGAAAACAAAUGUCUUCAGGAGAAGGAUGUGGUGAUGACAAUCAAAAGUGUCAUUACCUCUGCUUACAUAGCAUAUCAAAUGUCUACUGCGUUUCACAUAUCCACACCAAUCUUGUUUUUCAAAUUUGCCUCUUAUUUUUUAUUAUUAUCAUUUGUCUAAUCCAGUUUGUCAAAUUUUACCUUCAAGAGAUUAUUUUAUUGGACUGAUGCUGAAAAGCGUUUCUCUCAUAUGUAACACCAGUUUACAUAGCAAAAUAUCAUUAAAGAUAGUCUGUUUUAUGACUGUCACAUUAAGGGCAAAAUAUACUGGAAUAAAUUGCAUUUUUACCAAUGCACUUGCAACCAGGUUAAAGUAAAGUUAAAUAUGAUAGUUUGUUUUAAAAUAAAAUUAUAUAGCAGAGAUUAUUGUAAAUAAAUUGUAAUCUACAAUCAUUUGUAUUUGUAAAGAGAUGUUCUAUAUUUUGUAAUUAUUAUUGUACCGUAAUUGAACUGCAGCAAUAUUUAUGGAGCCUAAUUAUUGUUAUUCUCCACAGGAUUCUAGAUAGAAGUAUUUUUACUUGGACUGUAUAGAGCUAUAGGAUUAAAUAUUUAAAUAGAGCCACCUCUUAUUUCUUCAUUGUAAAAUGCUUUUGAGGUAAAGAUUUUAACAAAAAUUGAUGCUACAGAGAUUUUUAAAAAAAUAUUUUGAGUCAAUAAGAGUCUUGCUAUACAACGUAAGACAUUGAAGAUUACUAUUUUAUAGUAUGAUAUAUGGAAAUUAAGGGAUGUGGAAUUGUCUGUAUCUCGUUUGAAUGACAACAAGCUGUCUGUUUAUUUAUGCUAAAACUCCUGCAAUAACAGGUAAAUAUAAAGAACCAAACGUGGCCAAUUUUAACAAGAUAUCUUUUAACCAUGCAGCUAAAUACAUGGCUAUUUGUAGGUUAAGAUCCCAGUCAUAUGCAUUGUUUCCCAGGAGUAGGCCCCAUGGAAUACAAUGCAAUAAAGAUGCACAGGGCUGUGCUGAAAGUGUUGCUUUGGCAGGGGCAUAUAAAAGUUAGACUUGAAGCAGAGUAUGUGAUGAAAUUACUAUUUACAAAUCCCAAAUAUUCCCAAUAUUGGGUGUAUAUGAUUUCUUCUCCCCCUUUUGUGGUUCCAUGUGUACUGUUUCCAGAAUUAUUUUUAUGCAAUUAAAGGAGGGCUUGGAUAUUGUUUGUGAUGCAGUGAUACUGAGGCUAAUACAAUUUUGGAAACCUGUACUGUCUAGUGUCUGUUUUCUUAAGACUGAAUCAACUGGCUUGUGGCCAAGUAACCUGAUCAGGUUUUAUCUACAUUAACAAAAUAGGUAGCAAUCAAACUCACAUUUCUUAAAGUGUGACAUACAUGAACUCUGCUCCUGUAACCAUUUUGUGCACAGUGGCAAUUUGCUAUGGAUACCUUACAGACCUCUUCUUGAAUCACUUCUUUAAAAUGCCUGGAAAGAAUUUAAAGGUUUGUAGAUUGUUUCUUGACCUACAUCAUUUUGUAUGAAAAGAAAUGCAAAAUGUUCUUCAGAAUAAAAAUGUGUAAUGAUUUUAUUAUA